AUGGCUGGUGCACCUCAAGUAUCCAAGGGAAGUUGGUUCAGGCUUCGGUAUGACGAAGACGUGGACACGCCAACCGACACUCGAAACGUUCUGCUGAUANUGAUCAUCGCCGUAACCUUCCAGGCUGGAGUGAAUCCGCCUGGUGGAGUUUGGCAAGACAGCGAUGGACAUAAAGCAGGAACAGCGAUAUACGCGAGCCGAAAUGUAGCAUUUCAUUUCUUUUUAACUUCAAACACAUUGGCCCUUUCUUCAUCAAUUCUUGUACUGACGUCUCUCACCUACAAAUUCCCUUAUUGUCUUGAGUUGUGGGCUGCAACUCUGGGAAUGUUUGCAACCUAUGCAUCUGCAAUAUUUGCCGUUUCACCUGAUGAAUCAGUGAGAUUUGGUGCUGUUUUUGGUGCUGCUGCUGUGCCUUUCGCGUUUAGAGGAGGCGUGAGGCAAGCUGGACCAGGGCUCGACAGGGGAGGCACGCGUAGGAACCCAGUUGUGAAUCACGACAUCGUUCCUUUGCAAUUUUAUGAACGUCGAAAUAGAAGACUCCUUGGUCGGCGAGAUGGCGACGAUGAAAUUGAAGAGCUUGCAAGCGACUGUGAUCUACUGUGCGUAGGUUACGAUGGCCGACAACGAGCAAACCGGAGGAAUUUUGAACGACAGCAACAUUGGUCACAAAAGACUCCAACAAGUCAACGGCAAGAAACCAAUGGCUCUCAGGCAUUUCCAGGAACUGACUACACAAUAACUGCAUUAUUAUAA